AUGUCUACAGGAAAGCGGACAGCAGACCAUCUACCCCCUUCCGAACAGGUAUCAAAUCGUCCUCGCCAUAUCGCCCCCAAGUUCCUCGGCGUGCUGCUUCAGAGGAACCCUGUCUCAAGUCCUCCCUAUGUUGCCUCCGUACCCGUUCCUCCGCAUGCUGCUUCAGAAGGACCCUCUAUGAGCGACUCAAGUCCUCCCUAUGUAGCCCCCGUUCCUCCCUAUGUAGCCCCCGUUCCUCCCUAUGUCGCACCCGUUCCUCCACAUGUCGCACCCGUUCCUCCACAUGUCGCCCCCGUUCCUCCAAAUGUCGCCCCAGUUCCACCCUAUGUCGUCCCCGUACCCAUUCCUACACGUGCUGCUUCAGAAGGACCAUUCAACGAAGACUCAGACAAAGACUCAAACAAAGACUCAACCAAAGACUCAGACGACAACUCAUUCUGGUUCAAGCGGAGUCUUCGUCAUGCUUUUCCGGAUUUCCCUACUCCUUCGUCUUCGCCUUCCCACUCCCCCUGCCCCUCCCCCUCACACGCACUCUACCCUAUACCCGAAUCAUCUGAUGAGGAAGAAUCGGACGCACAUCACUCUCGCAUCGACGCUCCCGAUGGUAACCGUGAGACCUCUAUGGAUGCUACUCAGUCGCAUGCGCAAGCUUCACCAGAUACUUCGUCUCUUUGGAGGAGCUUGUCUUCUACGCAAAAGGCAGAGUACUCGAAGCAGUGUCAAGGGAUAUUAACUGCUGCUAGCAGGGAGGUGCCGCCGUUGAAUCUGGCAACGUCGGACAUACAUAGCUUUCUGGUUGCUCUUGGGGUACACCAUACAGUGGACGACCGCGGUGCUCAGGCUGUGUUGAGCAAACACAAAACGUUGAACGAUCUGGUCAAAUCCUCCCGGCGGCAUUUGAUGAGCUCUCAUCCAAUGGAUAUCGUGGCUUCUGACUUUUAUGAGAUUGUCAAUCAUGGCAAGUUUCUGCCUGAAGCAUGGAAAAACCUACCCACUGUGAAUGCGACACCGGAUAACCCCCCUGCACCGUCUUUCGAACAAGUUAUGGCAACGCCCUCUGGACCACAUCAUUCACGCUCAUCUGGUGAAUCCUUUGUGCAGCACAUUGGUGAAACACCCCGUACACCCGAGAAUCAAGGCACGGAGCACCUCGAAAGACCAGGUGCACCCAAGAAACAAACCCCGAAGGAGAAGCCGAAGCAGAAGCCGAAGCAGAAGCCGAAGCAGAAGCCGAAGCCCGUCACGCAAACUAUCCAACCUACUUUAGAUGUACCCACUAGGCGCAUGGCAUAUGCGUAG